ACACUGAUACUGAAAGGAAGGAGUUAUCUGCAUCCUAGUUCCUAAAACCUGGCAAGCUGUCAGAGCUGGAAUUAGCUUUACAGAUGGCAUUUGGCAACAUGUCUACAUAUCUCUAAGCCCUCAUCUCCUGCGUUUUCUUCCACCUGCCUAUCAAUUACAAUAUCCAAUCACUGUUCAGGGAUGGAGAAGUGGGAUGAUCACAGCUCACACGAUGCUGUUUGGUUAGAAACGUCAGUGCUGCACAACCCACACGGCUGAGUCAGUGUCUGUGAGAAAAUGAGCUGAAUUAAUAUUUAGAGGGGGUUGAAUCUCUGAACAUUUAAAGCUUAAAUAUCUGCAACAGCAGGAUUACACAGUAGAGAGGGAAGCUAAAGGAAGUCUGGACAGGUGAGGUAGGAGGAGACUGGAAGAUUUUCUGACAGUUCAGAAGAAUCUUGAGGAUGAUGGAAAAACCAGAUGAACUAAAGUUUCCUAGUAAUGCCCAAGGAUGCUGACCUGGCUUUCAGUGCUGCAUUGUUUGAAAAAGCAGAGUCCCUUUACACUCUGAUUUCAAAAUUUUUCUCUUGUUUUUGUGUGUCUACCCUGGCAUAUACUAAAGGAAGCUCUGCCUCACGUGUUGCUAAGGGAGGAGUCGACCACACCAAAAUGAGUCUGCAUGGUGCUAGUGGGGGCCAUGAGAGAUCAAGAGAUAGACGAAGGUCAAGUGACAGAUCACGAGAUUCAUCUCAUGAGAGAGCAGAGUCUCAGCUUACUCCUUGUAUUCGAAAUGUGACUUCACCAACAAGGCAGCAUCAUAUUGAACGAGAAAAAGACCAUAGUUCUUCUCGUCCAAGCAGUCCUCGUCCUCAAAGAGCAUCCCCAAAUGGCUCCAUGAGCAGUGCUGGGAACAGUAGCAGGAACAGCAGUCAGUCAAGCUCAGAUGGUAGCUGUAAAACGUCUGGGGAGAUGGUGUUUGUGUAUGAGAAUGCGAAAGAAGGGGCUCGGAAUGUGAGGACAUCUGAGCGAGUGACUCUGAUAGUGGAUAACACCAGAUUUGUUGUGGACCCGUCCAUUUUUACUGCACAGCCAAAUACAAUGUUGGGCAGGAUGUUUGGAUCUGGCCGGGAACAUAAUUUCACACGUCCCAAUGAGAAGGGAGAAUAUGAGGUGGCAGAGGGAAUUGGUUCUACUGUGUUUCGAGCUAUUUUGGAUUACUAUAAGACAGGGAUCAUCCGCUGCCCUGAUGGCAUAUCCAUUCCUGAACUGCGAGAAGCGUGUGAUUACCUUUGUAUCUCCUUUGAAUACAGUACAAUUAAAUGUAGAGAUCUCAGUGCCCUUAUGCAUGAGUUAUCAAAUGAUGGUGCUCGUAGACAAUUUGAAUUUUAUCUGGAAGAAAUGAUCCUCCCUCUCAUGGUAGCAAGCGCCCAGAGUGGGGAACGAGAGUGCCAUAUCGUAGUGCUUACAGAUGAUGAUGUAGUUGAUUGGGAUGAGGAGUAUCCACCACAGAUGGGAGAAGAAUAUUCACAGAUUAUUUAUAGCACAAAAUUAUAUAGAUUUUUCAAGUACAUUGAAAACAGAGAUGUGGCCAAAUCAGUUUUGAAGGAGAGGGGUCUUAAGAAGAUUAGAUUGGGAAUAGAAGGCUAUCCUACCUACAAAGAAAAAGUAAAGAAAAGGCCAGGGGGCCGUCCAGAAGUCAUUUACAAUUAUGUCCAAAGACCCUUCAUUCGAAUGUCCUGGGAGAAGGAGGAAGGAAAGAGUCGGCAUGUAGACUUUCAGUGUGUAAAGAGUAAAUCCAUUACCAACCUGGCAGCAGCUGCUGCAGACAUUCCCCAGGACCAGCUGGUAGUCAUGCACCCUACUCCACAGGUGGACGAGUUGGAUAUCCUUCCCAGCCACCCUGCCUCGGGCAAUAAUGACCUCGAUCCUGAUGCACAGAAUCCAAUGCUGUGAUGCUGAUGUUCCUGAAACCAUAGCAUGCUACUCUUCACAGUGACGUCGUACUCCUCAUUCUGCACUGCGAGGCCACUUUUCUUCAUUGUGAGAUGCACAUGUUUAGGAUACUGCAGUGUAGGCUUUUUUAAAGACCAAAGGUAGCUGAAUGGUUUUUUAAUGAGUACAACUUUAGCAUCCUCGUUCCAGUUCUAUAAAUGUAUUUGUUUACCAGUAGGUUUGUGAAAUUGGUUCUUUGUAUAGGGACAGUCCUUUUUCACAUAUCUAGGUCUUCUCAGAAGUGGUGGGAAUUUGGCAGCUGGGGUACUUUAAGUGUAGAUUGAUAUUUAUCUUGCCUCAGGUAAGAUGAAUAUUACAGAGUUGCACUUUAUAGAUGGUGGUUAAAUGGAGCUGUUGAAGCCAUUUUAGAGCUGUGAUGCACAGUAUAACAUAAGUGCUUCUAUCAGAGUUUUCCUCAGUACAGUAUGUAUAGUUGGCCCACAACAAGCAAAAACAUAUUUAUCUUGGGUUUAUUUAAACUAUUAGGAUAAAAUUUGAUGCUUAUAGUGUUGGUUCACUCAUCUCCAGAGCCCUGCAGCCCUUUUAGAGUGAGUCACAUGCAGGGAGGGUGAACGUCAAGAGGUGGUUUACUGUCCAGUCUGCCUUAUCCUUAAUCUGUUCAUAUAUUUAUUUACUAAUGCUUUUUUCUUAAGAGUUAUGGGAUAGGAAAACGAACUGUUUGCUCUUCAUUUACUAAAUGAUUGUAAACUCGAGUUUUUCAUCAAAAUAAAAUUUCAUUGUUUUAAUGUUUCUGACCAA